AUGGAGACUGAUGACCGAAGCCGAAGUGCCAAGCGGCGGCGUGUCGUGGAACUGAACUCUUUGAGCAUCAAGGGAUUGGAUGGACAAAACUUUCAGCUGCAGAUUGAUGGUGAUGAUGCAACGGUUGAAGAUGUGUACACGUACAUUUCAGAGAAGAUCGGCCUGAAACCAGGAAGGAAGUUGCUGCUGACUUCAGGUUGCACUAUCCUCGAGGCCUCCAAACCACUGCUUCCGCAAGUGCAGAAUGAGGAAAUCAGUUUCGUCAUCCAACGAAUGCAUUUCUGUGAGGUUGUCAAAAGUUUCCAGAGAACCACAGAAGCCGAGACAACCAACAGCCUGACUGCUGUAGAUAUGAACGCAGUAAAAACAAUUGUUUCACUGGCCAAUGUGCGCGACUUCAACUUUGAGUGGAAAGGCAUGUCAUUGCUGAGUAGCCUCAAGACUUUGACCUUUGAAGGUGACUUUGAGCGGAGUUUGGCAGGUGUGAGAUUGCCAAGCAGCCUUCAAACCCUGACCUUUGGAGAGGCCUUCAACCAGAGUUUGGCAGGUGUGACACUGCCGAGCAGCCUGCAGACAUUGACCUUUAGAUAUUCGUUCGAUCAGAGUUUGGCAGGUGUGACACUGCCGAGCAGCUUGCAGACGUUGACCUUUGGAUAUUCGUUCAAUCAGAGUUUGGCAGGUGUGACACUGCCGAGCAGCGUGCAGACGUUGACCUUUGGAGAUCUCUUUAAUCAGAGUUUAGCAGGUGUGAAACUGCCGAGCAGCUUGCAGACGUUGUUCUUUGGAUUUUCGUUCAAUCAGAGUUUGGCAGGUGUGACAUUGCCAAGCAGCCUGCAGAGUUUGACCCUUGGAUACAGGUUUAACAAAAGUUUAGCACGUGUGACAUUGCCAGGGACGUUGCAGACGUUGACCUUUGGAUGUGAUUUUAACGAGAGUCUUCCGCGUGUGACACUGCCGAGCAACCUGCAGAGCUUGACCUUUGGACGUUCGUUCAAUCAGAGUUUGGCAGGUGUGACACUGCCGAGCAGCUUGCAGACGCUGACCUUUGGAGAUCUCUUUAAUCAGAGUUUAGAAGGUGUGACACUUCCAAUCAGCCUGCGCAAUUUGACCCUUGGCAGUUCUUUUAAUCAUAGUUUAGCACGUGUGAUAUUGCCCUUGAGCCUGCAAACUUUGACCAUCGGCGAUAAUUUCAAGAGGGUUUUAAAAGGUGUGACGCUGCCAAGAAAUCUGCAGACGUUGUUGUCCUUUGGAGAGUAUGCCAACACGUCCUUGGCAGGAGUGUCAGUGCUAAGAAACCUGCAGACUUUGAACAUUGGGUUUUCAUUCAACAACAAGAGUUUAGCAGGUGUGAUAUUACCAACAAGCCUGCGUACGUUGACCCUUGGAGAUUUGUUCAAUCAAAGCUUGGCAUGGGUGACAUUGCCAAGCUGCCUCCAAACGCUGACCUUUGGAGAUUCGUUCGAUCAGAGUUUGGCAAAUGUGACAUUGCCAAACAGCCUUCAAACGCUGACCUUUGGAGGGCCAUUCAACCAGAGUUUGGCAGGUGUGACACUGCCGAGCAGCUUGCAAACGUUGACCUUUGGAGAGGCCUUCAACCAGAGUUUGGCAGGUGUGACACUGCCGAGCAGCCUGCAGACAUUGACCUUUGGACAUCUCUUUAAUCAGAGUUUGGAGGGUGUGACACUGCCGAGCAGCCUGCAGACAUUGACCUUUGGAAUUCUCUUCAAUCAGAGUUUGUCAGGCGUGAUAUUUCCGAGCAGCUUGCAGACGCUGACCUUUGGAAAUGUCUUUAAUCAGAGUUUAGCUGGUGUGGCGCUGCCAAACAACCUGCAAACGUUGAACUUCGAAGAUUCGUUCAACCAGAGUUUUGAAGGUGUAGCUUUGCCAAGCGGUCUGCAAAAGUUGACCUUUGGAGAUCGGUCCAGGCAGCAAUUGGAAUCAUUGGAAGGCGUUCUUUUCCCCAGCGAUUUGCAGCAAAUCUGUUGGCGUGGUUUGUCCAUCGACAUUUUAGGGUCAGCGUGAAGUAAGACAUUUCUGACAGAUCUGUCACUCUGCAGCUGCUUUGACAUUGAAGACAAAGAGAUGCCUUGGUUUGAAUGGAAAAUGAA